UGCUCCCAGCUAUCAGUCCGACGGUCUACAAGAGAGCUGUGACUCACCAGUAAUAGCCACGUAAAGCUCGCUGGACAGGAGAUACAAAACGGCGCACUGGAUCUUGUCGCAUUGCCAUUUCGACCAAAGCGCGGAGCACAAUACUCUGUUCCUCUACGAGAAAUGGAGAUCUCUAAGCUUUAAGGGUCUUAUAAACCACCUGCGUUUCCCUGCGAUUUUCACAUCUCUAACGGGAGACUGCUCUGCUGUGGACUCCUCGAACUUAUCUUGAAUGCUCACUCAACGGUAGCGCGUGCUUUUUAUUCGCACCUUUACCCAAAAUCAGGAGUCCCCUGAUGAACGCCAGCGAGUCCCAUGAUGGCUGGGUGGGGGGUGCAGAGGUGGACCUCUCCUCCACCCUCCCCCAGGAGCUGCCGCUCAACCCCUGGGAUGUGGUGCUGUGCGUGUCCGGCACCCUCAUCUCCUGUGAGAACGCCAUCGUGGUGGCUGCCAUCUUCUACACGCCCUCACUCCGCACACCCAUGUUCCUGCUCAUCGGGAGCCUGGCCACGGCGGACAUGCUGGCCGGGCUGGGUCUCAUCCUGCACUUCUUGUUCCGCUACAUCGUGCCCUCCGACGCCGUGCAGCUGGCCACCGUGGGGCUGCUGGUGGCCUCCUUCAGCGCCUCCAUCUGCAGCCUCCUGGCCAUCACGGUGGACCGCUACCUGUCCCUGUACAACGCGCUCACCUACUACUCGGAGCGCACGGUCACGCGCACCUACAUCAUGCUGAUCCUGACGUGGGGCGGGUCCAUUCUGCUGGGCCUGCUGCCGGCGCUGGGCUGGAACUGCCUGCGGGACAGCGGCUCGUGCAGCGUGGUGCGCCCGCUGACGCGCUCCAACCUGGCGCUGCUCUCGGGCUCCUUCCUGGUGGUGUUCGCCCUCAUGCUGCAGCUGUAUGCCCAGAUCUGCCGGGUGGUGUGCCGCCACGCUCACCAGAUCGCCCUGCAGCGCCACUUCCUGCCCUCCUCACACUACGUCACCACGAGGCGGGGCAUCUCCACGCUGGCGCUCAUCCUGGGCGCCUUCGCCAGCUGCUGGCUGCCCUUCGCCGUCUACGGGCUGCUAGGAGACGCCUCCUACCCGCCCCUCUACACCUACGCCACGCUGCUGCCCGCCACCUACAACUCCCUGCUCAACCCGCUCAUCUACGCCUUCCGCAACCAGGAGAUACAGAAAGUGCUGUGGGCCGCCUGUUGCGGCUGCCUGUGGCCCGGCUUCUCCUGCCGUUCCCACCCCCCCAGUGACGUGUAGCUGCUGGGAGGCACCCGUGAGGAACAAUGACCCCACACAAAGCUAGGCUCCUGACAUUGCAGCCAUAGGGUGGGGACUGUGGCACUUCCAG